CCCAGUUCAGACUGCCACCGGCGCUCGCUCAUCGUGGUCCACCUCUCAAUAUUUUCUCACCCGACGCCAACCUCGCGUGCAAGCUCAUUCCUCGACCUCAACCGCAAAGGAGUCACUCGCUGAAUUCCUGUCUACAAGUACUCGUGUAAUAAUAACAAAAAUCCACUUACUACACACUUCUAUCAUGUCUCUUCUACAUGUCAUUACCAAGCCAGAGUUCCCCGUAUUCGUAGUUGCUGCAAUAAACUUAACGUGCAGAUAUACUUAAGAAGACCGAAUAAUUUGUACUGACUUGCUGCUGAGUGAAUCUAUUGCAAACUGUGAUAUGGAACAGCCAAGAUACGACUAGAACUGAAUUUGUGGUUUGAUUUUGAAGAAAUAAUGAAGCCCCUUCAACAGCCCUGCUGGAUUUUCCGUAAACUCCACUCUCCAAUAUUCUUCAUCUUCCUCCUCCUACGACCACAAGAACUCGAGGCAACGCCAUCGUCCUCCUCCAGCCCAAUUAAUUUUGCCUCCUCAACAGGAAUAUUCUCAGAGCCGCAAUGGCACGCCCCACGGUUUACAGAGGAGCCAGGAGAUAGAAUUGACUUUCUAAACGAGCACGGUGCUGUAAUAGUAUGCCAAGCAGACGGAUAUCCAAUGCCGUCAGUGAUUUGGUUGGGUGGUGAUAAUAAACUAGUUUCGACCAUUUCUAAUUUUCGUACCGUGCUUUCCAACUCGACUUUGUUAAUACAUCCGUUCAAACCAGCUGCCUACAGGCAGGACGUCCAUUCUACAAUUUAUAUUUGCAAGGCGUCGAACACUGUGGGAACAAUUCGUUCACGAGACAUUCACGUGAGAGCUGUUAUAGCCCAACAAUGGUCAGUGAAAAUAGUUGCCAGCCCAGCUCAUCUUUCUCCCAGGGCUGGACCCAUUCUCCUCAAAUGCGAAGUGGAUUUGAUGGGCGGAGGACGCGAGUUUGUUCAGGUGACUGGGUGGAAAAGAGACCAGAAAUUUAUCACGCAGGGAUCUCAGAGAUUAUAUGACGGUGGUGAUGAAGAUGAGUCGAGUCACUGGCAUGUUCUGCCGAAUGGAGAUUUGGUUAUCGAUUCUCUCCUUGAAGAGGACUUUGAGGCCAAAGUGGUGUGUCAAACACGUCAUAAAAUAACGAGACAACAAAUUGCUAGUCCUCCCUUCAUCAUCACGUUUUCAGAAAUGCCCAACCAUGCACGCAGUGAUCUCAAUAUAGUUGAAAGCUUUCCAGUACCCAUUGUCAUCCGUGAAGGAGAACCAAUUGUUCUCAAUUGUUAUUCGUCGUCACCUAGCUUCAACUCGAAUGCCAACAUCAGAUGGGAGAAAUUGUCAGGAAAUUCGUGGGUGGAGAUUUCAGUGGGAGGAGGAGGAGGAGGGACGUUCCACCAACAUCAACUUCGACAGAUAGGAAACUCGUUAGUGAGCGAGAAGAGCGCAAGAAAGUCGGUGGCCGGGAACUAUCGGUGCUUUCGCAGAGGGGACAGUCCGAACAGCAAGGAGAGCGUGGGGGAGUUUGAGGUUCGAGUGAGUGAGCCAUUGUCCGUCAGCGUGACCAUUAAUCAAGCAAAGUCACCUCUGGAAUCCACCACAGAGCUCACUUGCACCGUUUCGUCUUCAUCACACGACUCGCCCUCGGUUAUUUGGCUUAAGGAUGGCAAUUUGAUCACUUCUGGUGGGAGGAUCCGGUUCUUUGCAACUAAUGUACUUCAGAUCAAUCAAAUCCAACAAGAUGAUCGUGGAAUGUGGCAAUGUCUCGUAAGAGCGAGGGCAGAAAUGGAGUCAGUUCAAGAUUCCGUGCGAUUGGAGAUUGCAGACGCUCCACCACGACUGAUUUAUGGCUUCAACGACCAGACCCUUAUGCCUGGCCCUAUGGUGUCCUUGAAGUGUGUUUUCUUUGGUUGGCCGCCUCCCACUAUGGUCAAGUGGACUAUCGAUGGCUGGCCUGUUUCCUCCGACGACUCCAGGAUAUUGAUCGGCAACGUUACAUCGCACGGACAUUUGAUCACUUAUCUCAACAUUAGCGAAACUCGAGUUGAGGAUGGAGGAAAUUACCAAUGCAGUGCACAAAAUCGAGCUUCUGGAGUCAUUUCCCAUUCUUCAAGAUUAAACAUUUAUGGUCCUCUUUGGAUUAGAGUGGUCUCUCCUGUCGUCGCAAUCAGUGGAGAGUUUUUCGUCCUCAGUUGCCCUAUUUCUGGAUGGCCGAGGGGAUUCUCGAGCAUCGUGUGGGAGAAAGAUGGGCAGAAGCUGCCGUCAAAUCCACGCCAUCGGGUCGGAACGAAUGGCAGCCUCACAAUUACCCUGGUUGAUAAGUCCGAUUCAGGAGGCUAUCACUGCUCCAUACUGGAUUCUCAGGGACGAACAAUUCGACGAGAGAUUCGGGUCAAUGUGGUGGCUCCACUGAGAAUUGCACCCUUUCCGGAAAACGGCAAAGUAGUGGAGGGUGAGAGGUUGAACCUGGUUUGUGGUCUAAGUUCGGGGGAUGCUCCAGUUGAAAUCCAAUGGACGAUGGUGCCCACACAGUCCCAUCGCCACUCUGCUGGGCACCGAUUCUCAUCCUCCCUUCUCAAGCACACAUCCGAGUUCCCAGAUCAAGAGGAGAGAAAGUUGAGACCGAGCUCCCAGCUUUCACCCGCCGAGGAACCAGCCUUGUUUUCCGUGCUAAAUACGGAUCCAUUCACAAGUCUUUUGAGUAUUCCUAGAGUUAUGGACCGUCAUGCUGGAUUGUACGUUUGCAAUGUUUCCUCGGCUGCGGCGGGGACCACUUUGCGCAGCCAUGACCUUACAGUUCUUGUUGCACCCAGAUGGGUGAAAGAGCCGGCGGAUAUUAACGUUACCAGAGGAGAUGGAGGACAAUUAGCCUGUUCUGGGUUUUCGAUACCGAAACCAAAAAUUACCUGGCUUAAAUCUACAGGUGACGACAAAGACUUGAAUUGGAGGUCUGUGGAGACAAUUUGGCCAUCCGCCGCAGCAAAAGCAAUAUCUCUUGAGAAUGGAUCAUUGAUUUUCUAUGCUGUGGAGGAAGUUCAUGAAGGACAAUAUAUGUGCACCAUUUCCAACGGCAUUGGAUCUGGAUUAUCCAAAAUCAUACAGCUCCAUGUUCAUGUUCCGCCGUACUUUGUGGGAGGUGAAAGUCAGUCCAUAAGUUUGACGCAGGGGAAGACUCAUGAGAUUACUUGCGAAGUGUGUUCGUCUUCUCCCAGCUAUGUCACUUGGUCCAAAGGAACCAAUGUAUUUUUCAACGUUCCGGCCAACAGGAUUCAUACGGUAGUUUUGAUGGAGGGACGGAGGACCAAAUCCACCUUGGUCAUGAAGGAUAUUCGCAGUGAUGACACAGGUCUGUACAAGUGCACAGCAUCGAACUCACUGGGAAAGGUUGCCCGAAGUUACAGAGUCAUGGUUGAAGAGCAACCAGGACCACCGCAGCGUCUGAGAUUGGCGGAAGAAAGUCAGAGAAAUGGUCCAGAAGCGACACGAGUAGUCCUAGAGUGGGAUUUACCAAGUGAAUACUCAUCAUCAAAGGAAAGUCGACUCUCUGGGGAAGAACCACCACGUCCAUUCCGAGGAAAAGAAGGCACAACAACCACCGUCGCCGUUCUCCCACCACCAAUUCUCAUCUAUGUUCUCGAAUUCUCACUGACGAGAGAAAAAGCGGCUGAAAAUACCCGAUUUUCUCGACACAUGGAAGUCCCGGGUGGUGGGAACACUCGGGCCACGGUGGACAAUCUGAGUCCUGCGGCCGAAUAUGCGUUCCGUGUCCAUGCAGUCAACAGAGCGGGUGCUGGACCAGCGUCGGACUAUUUCCUGGUUCGCACUGCAAAUAUUCCACCAACUGUCUCGCCCAGCAAUGUACACGGAAUAGCAGUGUCUUCAAGGUCUCUUCUAGUUUCAUGGAGUUUAAUUCCAGUUGACAUGACUUUCGGAAGAAUUGUGGCUUACCACGUCGUUCUUGGUUUAAAUGCGGAUUCGUCUCAUGGGAAUAGUGGAAACAGUGCAACAAUUUUAGUCCCGUCAGCCACAUCUUACAGAAAUUUCCACAAUAAUGCAACCGUCAACGAGCAAAAUUGUUGUGAGACUUUGAUUCAUGGGCUCCUUCCUUUUAGUCAUUAUGAGAUCAAAGUACGAGGUUUGAACAUUGCUGGUGCCGGACCGCUUUCUCCCCCUUUCUCUGUCAGAACCUCGGAAGAAGCACCACAACUGCCACCACGGAAUCCACAAUGUCUUGCGCUGACGUCCCAUAGUAUUCAACUAAGCUGGUUACACCCCGCACAAUCAAAUGGACCAAUUAAUUCUUACAAAGUCCUCUUCUAUCCAUUAGAGUUCAAUGCACAGAACAACAGAGGGUUUGGAGGGGAAAUGCAUAGGACAACGGGCUUAACUGCUGUCAUUGGAGGUUUGUCACCAAACACGAAUUAUAGCUUUCACAUAUCACCGAUAAACAUUGCCGGAGAAGGGUCGCAGUCGCUCAGUGUAUUUUGUAAAACUUCGGAAGAUGUGCCGUCUUCUCCAAGUAAUUUAAUAGGAUUUCCAAGCACAGAGACCUCCGUUUACUUGAGUUGGCUUCAAACAAAACCUACAUCGCACAGCACCAUUUACUUUCGAGUGAUCGACAAAAUGUCGGAUUCGUAUGUAAAGAGAACGGUUCCUGGAAAUGUUGACUACCACGAAGAAAACGACUUGGAUUUGUCCCGAUUUAAGUACGUCUUUUGGGUGACAUCGUCAUCUCAUAUGGGAGAAAGUCAACCAUCCAAACAGCUCAUUUUUAGUCCACCUCCACUUGUCGAAACACGGCUUGUGGGCCAGUCGAGAAGUAUUGAAAUCCGGGAAGGGAAUCCCUUGAUCCUUCCCUGUCGAAUCCUCGACCUUCCAAUGGGUCCCUCGUCUGAGCACUUUGUGAGCUGGUCGUUGGAUGGGAAACGCGUAGGAUUCGAUGGGAAUAAUGUUUAUAUAAAACCUGGACAAACCGAUUUAAUGUUCAUCAGCACGAGGAAGUCUGACCAAGGAAAUUAUACGUGCUCAUACACACAGAUGAAGAAUGGAAGUAAAAACGGGAAUAAAAAGUCCAAGACAUCCAAAAAAGUAAUCAGCGGGAUGGACCUCCAACCUCAAAAGCAGCAGUUGACUUACACUUUGCGAGUCAAAGCGUCUCCUUGUGCUCCCACCCCAUCGUACAAAAUUCUUGACCGAGAUAUUUUGGUCAUGUGGGCAGUGGACGGCGAAACGAGUUCUAGUUGUGAUCCCCCAAUGGGCUUCAUCCUUUACUUUAGAGCUCUCGGUUCAAUACUGGACUGGAAGAAAAUCAUUUUUCAACCCGGAGCCCGAAACUACACUCUCAAGGCAACAUGCGGCUCAAUUUUGAACAUGUACAUGGUAGGAUUCAAUGAGGUCGGAAUGUCGGUCGACACGCAUUUAAUGAGCGUGGUCGUCUCCCAUUCAAUCGCCCCAUUCCCGCACCCCCUCGAACUCCUGGUGGCAAAUAUCACUUCCGUGCUCCUCAAUCUCUACCCCCUCAACGCCAACAUCACCUUCUGUCCCGUGGAAAAGUUCUCCGUGGCUCUCAAAGAAUGGCGGUCGUCGGAGUGGUUACCAGGAAAAGAUGUUAAGAUUCAGUUCCGGAACGAAUAUACAAUCGACGGUCUGAAACCCAAAACUCCUUAUGAGAUUACGAUCACCACUUUUGGCUAUUCCACAUCUCGCUCCACUACACUGACUUUCACUACACUUACGCUUUUCGGUGAUAAUCCAUCCCUUGAUGUUCUGAGUAAGCACAAAGUGACGAGCGAGUACUCCCCCCUGUACAACAACCUCACGUUGAUACUUCCUACCGUACUGUCCAUCGUCGCAAUCCUUGCGUCCAGCAUCGCAAUCAUAAUUUACUGCAAAACCAGAGGGCGACAACCCCCUACUUUGGAGACGAACUGUGUUAUAAAACAACCCAAUGAUGUAAAUUACGGAUAUUUACAACAACAAAGGAAAAAUCUAUCGGCAGAGGAACAAUUUUAUUCCGGGCUUCCGUGCCCUACGCCUGGAUUGGAUGAUAUUUCACCGUAUGCAACCUUUCAAAUAUCCGACCCCAAGAAAUUCCACGAGGAAACUUUUAGUCAAGAGAUAGUUGUGGCAAAGUUUCACCCGGCGACAAAGUUCCCCAGGGGGUCCCAUGACAAAUGGAUGGACAGAGAUUCCAGACAAAUGCAGGAUUCCGAGGAUUCAGAGAGUGAAAAUGCACAAAGAUACUCUGUAAUUCCUGUUCAAAAAUCUCGUCUUGGUAAUCUUUACCAAAUCAACCCUCCUUCUCAACCGCCACCUCUCCCAUAUCAAUCCAUGGGAUAUCAGAAGAACCAUCACCAGAUCCCCAUCGAUAACUCUGACUUAGAAAACGGCGACAGCUCCUCGUCUUCUUCAGCCGGAGAUCCGUCAAGAACGACGAUGGAUAGGCGAACUGCCAAAAAAGAUAGAAAUGUCAACACGAACAAAAAGUCAGCCCGAGAAAUGAGCAAACCUCACAAAAUGAAAGAGUCAGGUUCCUCUACCAACCUCCGAAGAAAUAAACGGAGAUCAACCAGCUCGGAUUAUUCGAUAGCUAUAUUCGAUCGUCUCAAGUAAGUGAAUGGAAAUUUAAUAUUAUUAUGAAACAUUAACUAGCUUUUCCAUAUGCUAUUGUUUGUUAAUGGGAAUUUUCUUAUGAACUGUGAUAUAAGGUACCAGCAUAUUUUAAAUGUAUGUACAUGAAUGCAUUUAUACUCUGAAAUUUGUUAUUGUGCUGUUAUGAAAUGGAACAAAUUUGUGAAUUAUAACAAUAAAUUUUAUUAUCAUUGACAAAUAA